GACCUCGGCCGGGCGCGCGCCUCAGGCUCGGGCGGAGCUGAAGACGCGUGGAGCUGUGCGAGGACCCGCGGGCAGUGCAGGUCUGAGUCCCACUCGGAUCCCUGGUGCAGGUCUCCGAGCCCCUCUGCGGACCAGUGGUCUGGCCGGAGACGUGCGACUGCAGGGAGAGGACGCUGCUUGGCCGGGCCCUAGUGGAGGUCGUGCAGGGUGUCGCCUGUGAGCGGGGCCCAGGUCCCUGUGCUCGAGCGCUUGCAGUUUUUAGGAUCCUGCGUGCCCUUUGGGAAAAAGGCUUCCAAAUUUUUCCUCAGAAAACUUUUUUUCUGCCCUAACAAUCCUUUUCAGUGGUUUCCGCUCUAAGGAAAGUCUGUUCUGGCAGUGCACCUAUGAUUUAUGUUUUAGAAAUAGAUGUUAAACUUUGGUUUGAAUGAAAAAUGUCUCUCAACCCACCUGUACUUCUCAAAGAAAAGGAAGAAAAUAAUUCAAAAUUUGUAGAAAUACAACACUCACAAACUACUUCCAUAGCUGCAGAAGAUCCUCUUCAAAACUUAUGCUUAGCAUCUCAAGAAGUUCUUCAAAAAGCUCAACGAAGUGGAAGAUCAAAAUGUCUCAAAUGUGGUGGUUCGAGAAUGUUCUAUUGCUAUACAUGUUAUGUCCCAGUUGAAAAUGUACCUAUUCAACAGAUGCCACUUGUGAAGCUUCCACUGAAGAUUGAUAUCAUUAAACAUCCAAAUGAAACAGAUGGCAAAAGUACUGCUAUACAUGCAAAACUAUUAGCACCUGAAUUUGUAAAUAUUUACACGUAUCCUUGUAUUCCAGAAUAUGAAGAAAAGGACCAUGAAGUUGCCCUUGUUUUUCCUGGACCUAAGUCUGUCUCAGUAAAAGAUAUUUCUUUUCAUCUGCAAAAAAGGAUUCAAAAUAAUGUUAAAGGCAAAAAUGAUGACCCUGACAAGCCAUUUAUUAAACGCAAGAAAAUUGAAGAACAGGAUUUGAAUGACAGCAACUGCCAAGACACAACACUGAAAAAAAUUAUAUUUAUAGAUAGCACCUGGAACCAAACAAACAAAAUAUUCACUGAUGAGAGACUUCAAGGGUUGUUACAAGUUGAGUUGAAAACAAGAAAAACUUGCUUUUGGCGCCAUCAAAAAGGAAAGCCGGAUACCUUCCUUUCCACAAUUGAAGCCAUUUACUAUUUUCUGGUAGACUACCAUACUGAUAUAUUAAAAGAGAAAUACCAAGGACAAUAUGACAAUCUCUUAUUUUUCUACUCUUUUAUGUACCAGUUGAUAAAGAAUGCCAAAUGCUCUGGAGACAAGGAAACAAGAAAACUUAUCCAUUAGUUUUUAAAGAAGCUACUUAUGUCAUUUUAUUUUGCUAAAAAUCAAUAAACCUAUAAUUGUGCUU